CUCUAUUUAAGUCAGAUCAGAUUGCACAUUCAGAGAAGAAAUGAAUUAAUAAUAAUUAUUUAAGGAAUAUGGGAGGAGGAAGGAGUGAGGGCGAGAAAGAGAAAACCAAAAUGAGGGAAAGGCAGAGAAGGGCCAUCACCACCAAGAUCUUUCAAGGUCUCAGGAAGCAUGGAGGCUACCAUCUCUCUCCUCGAGCUGAUAUCAAUGAGGUCCUUCGUGAGCUUGCUAAAGAGGCUGGUUGGAUCGUUGAUCCCGACGGCACUACUUACCGCUCCAAGUUGGCUUCAACCUGUUGUCCAGUAUGUGGAACUAUGAAGACAAGCAGCAGUACCCCAACUCCCACCAGCAGCAUCGUCAUAGGUGGCACCGGAGAAUGCUCAACCACUGCAUCCCCUCGACACAUCCCACUGGCCGUUGAAGAUGCCAUUCCCACCAUCAACAAUAUCAGUGACAAUAUCAUUCCCCUUGCUGCCUACAUGUACAGCAGGGGAGUACCAGGUGGAUACCACAACUGUCCUUCCACUUCCACCAAUGACAGCAUUGUUGGCAGUGGUACUGGGGCUUCAGCAUUGGCGGUGGGCUAUCAGCUGCAGCAGCAAUUAUACCCACAGCCACAGGCAUCCAAACCAGAAUGAGAACGUCUGGUUGUCUGCCCCAUCAUGAUGACCCAUGCUAAUUUGUUACUGCUGCUACUACAAAGUGAAUGGUUCAGGGAAAAUAGUACUGAAAAGAAACACAGGAUACUACAUUUUCAUUGUAGUAGGAGAUUAAUGUGGAAGAGGAAACAAAAUCUCUCUCUUGCUAUCAUAGAUAGUUUACUGUGUCUUCUCAUGAUCAAUUAAAACUUUCUAAAUUCU